ACCGUGCUGGUGCACGUGAAACAGGAAACAGAAAGCCAGGCAAAUGCUAUUUGCUAACCACAGCAACAACACAAGUUGCAAAAAAACAACAACAACAACAAAAUGGAGAAGGACAGAUUCACUGGGCAGACGGACUCCAGGUUUAAGCUGUCACAGUAAUAACAAAGAUUGUUCCCACCGUUUGACAGCCCACUCAGUGCAGGAUUUUAAGCAACAUUUACGUGGAAAUCCACAGGAGAUUCAAUAAUAGAGCUCUUUCUUGAAUGGAAAAUAAGGUGCGUUGUUCCUACACCUGGAAAAAAAAUUAGAGGAAUCGCCAUUCAUUGCUACAAAACGAGACCGCUUCUGAGUUGGUUUCAAACACGUCUCCUCACACACUUACAAGAUCAACCUUCGCUGUGCAGCUGCUUUGAAUUCAGAUCAGGAAGGAUUUUUACCAAAGGGGAGGCAUGGUAUUCUGCUACUUGAAGUGGUUUAUAGGCUUUGUCAGUAGGGAUGUCCUCACAAAAGCUUCAAGGAGCAGUAACAGAAGCACCUCUUUGGUAUGGAGAUGCUGCUAUCACAGGACUCCAGGAAGCUUCCUGGAUCCUGAGAUGAGAGCAUUUCUGGAGGAGAACACUGAAGUCAGUAGCAGUGGGCACCUCACACCAGAGAUACGACUGCGACUUCUGACUCCUCGCUGCAGAUUCUGGCAGGAAAGAGCUGACUUGUGGCCCUAUGGCGACCCCUUCUGGGCAAUCUACUGGCCAGGAGGCCAAGCCCUGUCCAGGUAUAUCUUAGAUAACCCGGAUGCUGUCAGAAUGGGAUCAGUACUAGAUCUCGGAAGUGGAUGUGGAGCAACAGCAAUCGCUGCUGUGAUGAGCGGUGCAUCCCAGGUCCUUGCUAAUGACAUCGACCCCAUUGCAGGAAUGGCCAUGGUAUUAAAUUGUGAGCUGAACAAUGUGAACCCCUUUCCUAUUCUAACUAAGAACAUCAUUGAUACAGAGCUGGACCACUGGGACCUCAUUGUUUUGGGGGAUAUGUUUUAUGAUGAACAACUUGCAAACAGUCUUCAUCGCUGGUUGAGGAAAUGCAUCAGUAUUCAUGGAACUAAAGUGCUAAUUGGUGACCCUGGGAGGCCUCAGUUUUUAGGCCACCGCAUUCACAGUCAAUUGCACCAAGUGGUAGAAUAUUCACUUCCUGAAUCCACUAGGCAAGAAAACAAUGGAUUAACCUCAAGCAUUGUCUGGAGUUACCAGCCCUGACCUCUCGGUUUCUUCAAAAACU